AUGGAUCCCCGCAAAGUGAGCGAGCUUCGGGCCUUCGUGAAGAUGAGUAAGCAGGAUCUGAGCGUCCUGCACACCAAGGAAAUGCGUUUCCUGAGGGAGUGGGUGGAGAGCAUGGGAGAAUUCUGCUCCCCAGUGGCCUGCUCCUGCAGGAUUCUGCUCCCCAGUGGUCUGCUCCUGCAGGAUUCUGCUCCCCAGUGGUCUGCUCCUGCAGGAGUCCUGCAGGAUUCUGCUGCAGCAGCAACCUACCAAAACCUGGCCUCGAAGAUACUCUGUUUAUGCUGCCGGGACUGUGAGGAAGCCGUCAUCGAGAGCUCCAAGCCUCCCAGUCAAACCCAAGAGAAUCGGCCACCAUCCUACAGUUCGCAGACUCAGAAGAAUGAGUUAAACAAACCAAAUCACAAGUACACUAAUACCCAGUUCCCCACUGGUCAAGAGAAGAGAUUCUCUUCCAGCAGCAGCGAGUUUGAAGAGCUGACUGCAUACAACAUACAAACAGGAUACCCUAAAAAAAAUCUAAACCGCUACUGCCAGGAACACUGGGCCUUCCGGCCAUGCCUCAUCGGGAGACCCUGA